AUGGAGCUCCAAGAUCUCACCAUGAAGCCCAAACCUCAGGCGCCACCGACGUCCGGUGGGCUCUUACAUCAACUCGGCGACUCCGCCGGCACCAACAACUCUCCGGCACACCAAGUUCUCGAACUCAAUGAUGCAGUCUCUGAACCCAUGUCAUACCCUUUCGUUCUUUCCUUCAAGAACCUCACAUACAGCGUCAAAACUCGCCGGAAAAUGUCACUUCCGACGUGUUUCAGGAGGACCACAACGCCUGAACCACCGGAAGGUAUGACUGAAAAUCAGGUGACUCGCACGAAGGUGUUAUUAAAUGACAUCUCGGGCGAAGCGAGAGAAGGUGAGAUCAUGGCCGUUCUCGGGGCUAGUGGUUCCGGAAAAUCUACCUUGAUCGACGCACUUGCUCAUCGGAUAUCCAGAGAGAGCUUGAAGGGAACAAUUACUUUGAACGGUGAAGUUUUGGAGUCUAAACUUCUUAAAAUUAUAUCAGCUUAUGUUAUGCAAGACGACCUGUUAUUUCCGAUGUUAACGGUGGAAGAGACGCUCAUGUUCUCGGCGGAGUUUAGGCUACCACGUACUCUCUCAAAGUCGAAGAAGAAAGCAAGAGUUCAAGCAUUGAUCGAUCAGUUAGGCCUGGAAAGUGCUGCCAAGACGGUGAUCGGAGAUGAAGGCCAUAGAGGAGUCUCCGGCGGGGAAAGACGUCGAGUUUCCAUCGGAAUUGACAUUAUUCAUGAUCCGAUCGUCCUGUUCCUCGAUGAACCCACGUCGGGGCUUGACUCUACCAGUGCCUACAUGGUGGUGAAGGUCUUACAGAGGAUUGCUCAAACUGGAAGCAUUGUGAUCCUGUCGAUACAUCAACCAAGUUAUAGACUUAUGAGCCUGCUCAACAGUUUGAUCUUUCUUUCACAAGGACAGACGGUGUACAUUGGCCCUCCGGAUGGUGUUCCACAAUUCUUCUCUGAGUUUGGACACCCAGUUCCAGAAAACGAGGAUCGAACUGAGUUUGCUCUUGAUUUUAUCCGAGAGCUCGAAGGCACUCCUGAUGGAACCAAAAAUUUGGUUGAUUUCAACAAAUCAUGGGAAAUGAAGAACCGUCGAAACAUUUCAGAAAAUGGAUCAAAAGAUUCAAAAUUGUCUCUCAAAGACGCCAUAAGCGCAAGCAUUUCUCGAGGAAAGCUAGUCUCUGGAGCAACAAACAUAGUAGAUGCCAACCUCUCAUCUUCUGUUCCAAGGUUCGCGAACCCUUUUUGGAUUGAAAUGAUAGUGAUCGGGAAGCGAUCAUUACUAAACUCAUGGCGGUCGCCGGAGCUCUUCGGUAUCCGAUUAGGUGCUGUGAUGAUCACCGGAAUAAUCUUAGCCACCAUGUUUUGGAGGCUCGAUAAUACCCCAAAAGGUAUUCAAGAAAGAUUAGGGUUCUUCGCCUUCGCUGUCUCAACCACCUUCUACACUUGCGCCGAAGCCAUUCCAGUCUUUCUUCAAGAACGAUACAUCUUCAUGAGAGAGACAGCUUACAAUGCUUAUCGUCGUUCAUCGUACGUUCUCUCUCACUCCAUCAUCUCCAUUCCUUCUCUCCUAUUCCUCUCAUUGGCAUUUGCAGCAACCACCUUCUGGGCGGUUGGUCUCGCCGGCGGACUUUCUGGGUUUUUGUUCUUUUUCUUCUUCAUCUUCGCGUCAUUCUUCGCCGGAAACUCUUUUGUCACCUUCCUUUCCGGUGUUGUGUCUCAUGUGAUGUUGGGUUACACAGUCGUCGUCGCCAUUUUAGCGUACUUCGUCCUCUUCAGCGGCUUCUUCAUCACCAGAGAUCGAAUCCCUCCUUAUUGGCUCUGGUUCCACUAUGCUUCCCUAGUGAAGUAUCCAUACCAAGGGGUGUUACAGAACGAGUUUGAUGACCCAACAAAAUGCUUCAUCAAGGGGAUUCAGGUGUUUGAUAAUACGCCAUUAGUGGCUGUUCCCGAUUUUUUGAAGCUUAAACUAUUAAAGACGAUGAGCGAUACCUUGGGCAUGAACAUUACUAGCUCCACUUGCUUGACUACUGGAGUGGAUAUUCUGAAACAAACUGGAGGGAGUGAGAUAAGCAAAUGGAAUUGCUUGUGGGUCACCUUUGCUUUGGGGUUUUUCUUCAGAAUUAUGUUUUACUUUGCUUUGUUGUUUGGAUGCAGAAACAAGAGGAGGUGAGCGACCAAUAUUACUUGAACUCAAAAUAAUUUUGUUGAUCUAAUUAGCAGUUUGGUGGGAGUGGAUUUUGAUACAAGUUGUAAAAUGUAACUCCACCUGACCCACCUAAUGGGUGAAAUGAAGGUUGAAGUUUUUUUUUUCUUUUGAUGAAUUUGGGGUACAUUAUGUAAGUUUGAUAUAGCAGAGGUUAGGUGAUGCAAGUUAUAAGCGUG